CAGGCCGACGGGCGCGAGGAAAAUGGCGGCAGCGGCGGCAGCUGCGGCGAACGGGACGGGUGGGAGCAGCGGGAUGGAGGUGGAUGCGGCAGUAGUCCCCAGCGUAAUGGCCUCCGGGGUGACUGGGAGUGUUUCAGUCGCUCUUCAUCCCCUCGUGAUUCUCAACAUCUCAGACCAUUGGAUUCGCAUGCGCUCCCAGGAAGGGCGGCCUGUGCAGGUGAUUGGGGCUCUGAUCGGGAAGCAGGAGGGCCGAAAUAUCGAGGUGAUGAACUCCUUUGAACUGCUGUCACACACCGUGGAAGAGAAGAUUAUCAUUGACAAAGAAUAUUAUUACACCAAGGAGGAGCAGUUUAAACAGGUAUUCAAGGAGCUGGAGUUUCUGGGUUGGUAUACCACAGGGGGGCCACCUGACCCCUCCGACAUCCAUGUCCAUAAGCAGGUGUGUGAGAUAAUCGAGAGCCCCCUUUUUCUUAAGUUGAACCCUAUGACCAAGCACACAGAUCUUCCUGUCAGUGUUUUUGAGUCUGUCAUCGAUAUAAUCAAUGGAGAGGCCACAAUGCUGUUUGCUGAGCUGACCUACACUCUGGCCACAGAGGAAGCAGAACGCAUUGGUGUAGACCAUGUGGCCCGAAUGACAGCAACAGGCAGUGGAGAGAACUCCACUGUGGCUGAACACCUGAUAGCACAGCAUAGUGCCAUUAAGAUGCUGCACAGCCGUGUCAAGCUCAUCUUGGAGUAUGUCAAGGCCUCUGAAGCAGGAGAGGUCCCCUUUAACCACGAGAUCCUGCGGGAGGCCUAUGCUCUGUGUCACUGUCUUCCAGUACUGAGCACAGACAAGUUCAAGACAGACUUUUAUGAUCAAUGCAAUGACGUGGGGCUCAUGGCCUACCUUGGCACCAUCACCAAAACGUGCAACACCAUGAACCAGUUCGUGAACAAGUUCAACGUCCUCUAUGAUCGACAAGGCAUCGGCAGGCGGAUGCGAGGGCUGUUCUUCUGAGGGUACUUGAAGAGAUGACGCACAGGGGUCAGACAACUGUCCCAGAGGGAGGGGUGCUAUACUCCCUUUAGAGAAACCUGUCAUUAAUAAAAGGGGAGCAGUCCCUCAGCACCCCUUCCAGUGGCUCUGUCCUGUAUUAGGGGUACCACACAGGUCUUCAACUUGGAUCAGUGGAGCCCUUCUGUAUCAUCAGCUGUUCUUGAUACUUUUCAGUGAUUGGGAGCUUAUUGCCAUUUGAAGUUGAUUCCAUGUGUGGUUAGGGGGGGUGUCUUUACAUUCAGCAGAAGGCUGCCUCUUUCCAUCUCAGCAGUCUGUUUUGUUUAAUGUCUCCUUGUAAAGGACUACUUUCCCAAGCUUAAUCUGUUUA